AUGCCUCUCCUCUCCUCUACCCUCCUUCUGCGCACGCAUUCUCUCACUCUGCUGGUUGUAUCAUACUACCUCCUCACCACCCCGGCCCAACUGAUCUCCUCGACGCCGGUAUGGCUGCUCGGAGAAAGCAUGAGCGUGCGCCCUGCUGCUUUUGCCCUCGACGACCCUAACAACGCCACGGCCGAUCGUGACUCAAACGCUGGUUUGAAGGGGUUCCAGGCUCCGUCCUUGUUGCAAAGUGCGUCGCGAGUACACAGUGACAUACUGGGAGGAGGAGGAGGAGGAGGAGGAGGAGGAGGAGGGGAUGGACGAGAGUCCAACCGGGAACUCCUCGCCAUCCUGGCACUGGGGUUGCUCGUUUAUGCAGUCACGCAAUUCCUUUUCGCUGGAGACCUAAGCCUGGUGUCCAUCUCCUCCACGUCGUCGUCAUCGUCGUCGUCAUCAUCGUCGAAGAGAGGCGCUUCCGACGCCCGCACAUCGUCGCGCCUCGCCGAGGAACUACACACCCUCCUUACGGCCCAGUCAAGUUGGCUGACACUCGCCGGCUUGCAUGUACUGGGCUCGUCGGUGCUGGUAUUCUGGAUCUACGCGGCCCACUCACAUCAGGCUACGCAGUCAGAAUCGCAAGCGCAGGCGAGCGCAGCUGCGUCUUUUCUCGGCCUUGCUAGGCUUGCCAAUCGCGUCACUUUCACGGCCGGCCUGCUAGACAUGCUGUUUUGGGGUUAUUUGUGGACGGUCCUGAAGGAUGAGGGGCGUGAGGUGGCCAAAGCAUUGGCCAGAAGGAGGGAAGCGCAGGAGGAUGACGAUUGA